UCCCACGCACGGUAAUUAAACCAAUCGAUCGGCUGUCACUCUGUCAACCACACACACAUUCCGGCAUUGCACUUGCCUUGCAGUUGCAGAGGCCCCGGAGCCGGAGGCGAACUGGAAUGCCGCUGCGCCUGCCUCUCCUCUCCCUAUAGUUUCUUGGGACGGGCGGGCGCACUCGGUCUCUCUCUGAUCUGGAAGGCGCCGCCUGCCUUCUCCCGGUCCGUUUCUUUCCUUUUCUUUUUUUUUGGACGGGCAUUUCUUUUCUUUCCCUGGCGACGCGCAUCCAAGAAUUCCGCAGCAGUCAGGCAAAUUUGGAUUUUGGGGCCACGAAUCUUUCCUGAUACUAAGUCGGGAGGCGAUUACCCCGAGCGCCGUUCUUCGCCGCCGCUUCUGCAAAUCUUAGUCCGGCGUGGAGUGGAGGUUGGUACUUGGUAGCUAAUGUUAUGUGAAGCGGCGAAUUGCUCGUCAAAAUUUGGAGGUUUUACUGCCCGGUGAGUGAGAUCGGACUAGCUCUGUCUCCGUCCAUCGUAUAUCCUAGUGAUUGAUUUUCUGGUCAGGAACUAAGGAUGUCCCCCAAUUUGGACUUUUAGCCACUUGCGUGAGGUUUUUCCAUUAGAGGAUUGGAUUUGUCUACACACAAAAAAAUUGCUGCUACAAAAUCGUGGCCUCAGCUCUGCAGUCACCAAGGUGAACAUUCUAUUCUCAUGGCAAAGCAGUACUAUGCAACUAGCAGCCUUGUAGUAGGGUAUGCUCUGUGCUCAAGUUUGCUUUCGAUCAUCAAUAAAUAUGCCGUCACAAAGUUCAGUUACCCUGGCCUCUUGACUGCUCUGCAAUACUUCACAUCUGCUGCUGGUGUUUGGAUCCUUGGAAAGCUAGGGCUUCUCAGCCAUGACCCCUUCAAGUUGGAGACCGCAAAGAAAUUUGCACCUGCUGCUCUCGUCUUCUACCUUGCCAUAUUCACAAACACAAAUCUCCUCUGCCAUGCCAAUGUUGAUACCUUCAUAGUUUUCAGAUCCUUGACGCCACUUUUGGUUGCUAUUGCUGACACAACUUUCCGGAAGCAACCAUGUCCUUCCAAGUUCACAUUCUUAUCCCUUGUGGUCAUCUUGGGAGGAGCAGUUGGUUAUGUGAUGACAGAUUCAGCAUUCAGCCUCACAGCAUACUCAUGGGCACUUGCAUAUCUGGUGACCAUAACAACUGAAAUGGUGUACAUCAAGCACAUAGUGACAAACCUGGGGCUGAAUACUUGGGGCUUUGUGCUCUACAACAACCUUCUGUCAUUGAUGAUGGCACCCAUCUUUUGGUUCGUUACAGGAGAGCAUAAGUUGGUCUUUGCAGCCAUUGAAUCAAGGGGUGAUGGCUGGUUUCAACUGGAUGCCUUUGUGGCAGUGGCAUUGUCAUGCGUGUUUGGGCUCCUCAUCAGUUUCUUUGGUUUUGCAGCAAGGAAAGCAGUCUCAGCCACUGCGUUUACCGUUACCGGGGUCGUGAAUAAGUUCCUCACCGUGGCUAUCAAUGUCAUGAUCUGGGACAAACAUGCAACUGCAUUUGGUUUGGUUUGCUUGCUCUUCACUAUUGUUGGUGGGAUACUCUAUCAACAAUCGGUUACGGCAAAAGGAAAUUCUGCGGGUCAGCAUGGGCCAGUAUCUGAGCAACCUAAAGAGGACAAUGAUAGCAAAGAGCUUGAUGAGGAGACGCAAGGCUUAGUUGCAUCUGCUAAGUAGUCCAGUGCGUGAAUUACUCGCACCCAUAGUAUUAGUCUAUUAGAUUUUGCAGAUUUAUUCUUUGGCCUUGAAUUGGCUCUUUUGUCUUUCACCCUUGAAACAAAUGACAAAUCAAACACGAGGGAAUACUAGAGGAAGUAGUAAAAUUAUAAGUUAGUUUCUCUGUUGAAAAUUUUAAUGUUUUGUUUUCGUUUUAAAUUCAAUAUGUAUUCCACACUGCUUGAUGCAGUUCUGUGCCAAAAACAUAUGCUAUAUCCUAUAUGGUUAUGAUCCGUCUCAUUGUCAUAUACA